GUUAAUCCUACCAGCAGCGUACUGGACGUGGCUUCCUGAGCGGAUGAACAGUGACAGAUGAUGAGUUUAGUGCCCUGAGGAUUGCGGACAAGAUAGUCAGUGAUCUGCUAUCAGCCAUUUAACACCGCAGAGUCCCAGCCGCGGCGGCAGCCUGGGAGACCGACUCAAUCUGAGCGACUUGUGGAGAUAAUUCGCUCGGAGGGGGUAAUAGUGAUUCAAACGGGGAAUUCUCCGUCUCACAGGUUAACCUCGGCACUCCCACCUCUUCUACCCGAACGCAAAGUCUGGAGGAGAGACAUCUCCAGUAUCGUUACGCACAACUUUUACGCACAGCCGGAGAGUCGCCGAUGCAUAGAUCUUGACGCACGGUCCAUGUCACCUGCAACACGGACUACACAACAACUUCUACUCCCACAGGUGUGAUUAUGUUAAGUGUGCAGACUGCAGGAAUGGAUUUAACGAUCCUCUCCAUACUCUGCUGAAACGCAGCCCAAACCGCACGGACACAGGGAACUUGCUUGGAACAGCGAGCCGCGCCGGGUGCCAAAAUGAGCCUUUACCGGAAGAGCUGGAGGAUCUUACAGAUAUUCUUUGCAACGAUCACAGCAAUUCUCACACAAGAUCUGAGCAGUAAGGAAUUGACUGACAGUAAGAGCCCAGUGCCUUUCCCUGUCUUCUUGCCGGUCAACUACGAGGUGCGCGAUGCUGACUACCUCUUCCUAAAGGAGGCCGGCCAGGACUUUAUGAGGAACUCCAGCAUGCAGAGUCACACGCAGCCGUUUGUUAUUUUAAGAGCCAGCCGGCAGCCUGCUGUCAACGCCAGCUAUGGCCCUAUGUCCACAGAGAGGUCUGUGCCUCAAGAUCUGGUCCAGUCUGUGCAGCUCUUCAACGCCCCAGAGGUCUUUACCUUUAACUGGAAAAUCCAGACCUUCGUGCUGACGCCUCGGGUUUUCUCCUCCAAGCCCAAAGUGCGGGUCCUCUUCUAUGUUGCGGGGAGGGAUUGGAACAGGGGGCAAGGAGCUGUGGACGAGCUACCAUGUGUGACAGUGUAUGCUUUCUGGCAAACCCAGGAGGUGAGGGGUUCCUGUGCCAUGGGAGGUGAAAGAGGGACCUGCAUGGCCGAGCUGGCGCCUGCGCUUGGCUGGUUUGCUCCGGGGUCGGAGGGCACCAGCAGGGAGAGGCAGGAUCCAUCUGCUGGGAACCCUGUGGAGAUGUACUACCAGGCUCAGCCCAAAGUCAACGGGAAGUGUAAUUCUGUGGACGGGAGUCGCUGGGGCGCUUCACAGCAGCAGGCUGAGUAUGUUCCUGUGACUCCCAUGCAGAGGAUUGGCAGUGUGCGUCUUCUGCAGGUGCCUAAAGGGAUGGCAACGCUCUCUCGGCUCAAGCUUGGCAACGCCAUCGUCAUACGGACAUCCUCCAAACCUCUGAAGAAGACUGACAUCGCCACCUUCUACAUACUUAUGGCCAGCUCUGCUCAGCUGACUAACUUCACUCUCAGAGCAUCGGUAAAGAAAGGUGUGACCUUUCGAACAGCGACACCCAGUAACUCUCUGCUGUGGGACAUCACUCUGGAUAUGGGUGCAGAUGGAGCCAUCGCUGUCAUCUGUCAGAGAAAGGCGCCCAUACCUGGGAAAAGGCUUGAAAGCAGUCUGCUGGAGGUACUUCAGAUGGAUUUUGAGGUUGAGGAGCUGAGCACUCCUCUCGAGAGUCAGGUGAUCAUAUGGAAGCUGGAGCUGCCAUCAGCGUCCAAAGCUGUCACCAAGACCGAAGGAGCCAUGAGGAUCUAUACCACUCAGAGAGACUUUGUCGGCCUGGCUCCUCUUAUAAUGAACACUGAGAUCCUAAACACAGCUGUGCUGACCGGAAAGAAGGUGGUGAUGCCUGUGAGGACUGUAGCGGUGGAGGAAGAUGGAGUAGUUACAGAUGUAUCUGACUACACAGACUGUAGCUCCACUGAUGAAGAUGUUCUCAAGGUGUCAGACAGGUGCGACUAUGUUUUUGUAAAUGGCAAAGAGACGAAGGGCAAGGUGAAGAUGAUGGUAAACUUUUCCUACAGCUACCUGAGCGCUCAGCUUGAACUGAACGUGUGGAUGCCGCAACUGCCCCUCCAGAUUGAGCUGUCAGACACAGAGCUGAGCCAGAUCAAGAGCUGGAGGAUACCCAUCUUAACCUCAAAAAGACCUGGCUGGAACAGUGACGAAGAUGACCGCAAGGGGAAGGGCUGCAUGCUGCAGUUUCAGCAUGCUCUGGUCCGGGUGCUAACCAGUUUUGUAGCAGAGCAGGCAGACCCUCGGGAUCCUCAGGCCUAUUUUCUGGGCACUGAUUGGCAGGUAGAUGUCACAAGGUUGGUUCGAUACUUCAUGAAGGUGGAGGACCCUCGAGUGGCAAGGCUACAGGGAGGAAGGGUGCUGUUGGGGCGUGACCUUGGAACCACCACGAUCCAGGUGUUUUCUCCUCUGUCUGAUGCCAUCUUGGCUAAAACAACUGUCAAAGUCGUGGAUGACAAAGUGACAAUCACAGAGAUGGGGGUGCAGCUGGUUACAGGCCUCUCUCUGACCUUACAGCUCAGUUCAGGAAGCAACAGGGCAAUCUUGGCUACCACAACCACCCAAGAGAUCUUACAAAACCCCAAACAGGAAGCUUUGGUCAGUGCCUGGUUACAGUUCAGUGAUGGCAACCAGACACCUCUUGACAUUUAUGACCCAGCCUACCACCGUGUGACGGUGACAUCUCUGGAUCAGGGGGUGGUAUCAGUGCAGGGCACACCUCCAGUUGUUGUGGCAGAAGGAGAGGGUGAGGGAGUCCUGAUCAGAGUGGAAAUGUCCAUCUGUGAGGCCUGCCAGAAGUCCAAACGCAAAAGUACCGUCGCUGUUGGCAAUGGCAGCCUCAAGGUCAAGUUUCAGGUUAACACUCGGCGGCCAGAUGGCAUCACCAGCAGCAGUGGUAGCUACAAGGACAAUGGCAGUGACUAUGGGAGCGAUGGGGAAGAGGUGGGCAGUGAGAGGAAGCAGAGGAAGCCGUCUCAGGAUCCUCCACCACGUAUCUCAAAUUCAGACCGAGAGGAGAGUGCCAUUCAGAAGAUCACAACCACCAUCAAAUCUACAGAAAGAACCUUGAUAACCAGUGGCAGCCUCGGAGGUGUGGGUAAGACCAGUAAUUCAGGAAACCCUGGAAGUCCUACCAGUGUGCUGAAUGUUAGCCUGAUGAGCAGCCCCAGUGACAGCAGCAAAGGAUAUGGCUCUGACAAUAUGAUAGUGGAGGACAUGAGCAGUGUAAGCUUUACUAGCACUGUGAAGGCCCCUGGGAAUCUGGUGAACUACAACAACUUCCCCACCAAGGUGGAGAUACCUGGACAGGAGACAGCAGAGGUAGAAAUUGGUGGCGAAGACAUGUUGGCCAACAGGCCUCUCACAGACUUAGAGAUUGGCAUGUAUGCUUUGUUGGGUGUUUUCUGUCUGGCCAUCCUGGUGUUUCUGGUAAACUGUAUCUCAUAUGUUGUUAAGUUCAGACACAAGAAACCUCCGUCUCAUGGCCAGGAGCCCACGGGACACAGGCAUGACUGGGUAUGGCUCGGCACAGAUGCUGAGCUGGUGAUGAGUGUGCCAGGCAGCCCGGUCCAGCAAGACUCCCAGACUACAACCACUGUUAUAGACAUUGGGCCUGACAAGACUGCCUCUCUUUCCAGGAGGCCCAGUUGCUUGGCCUCUGUUACAGACUCUCCCCUCAGCUGCGUAGGCUCAGUCAGGAGCAAACCUGUGCACAGUGAGUCCCUCCACUCACCCACCAGCAAGAGAAAGAGGGUUCAGUUCACCACCUUUUCCACACUAGAGCGUCAGCAUUCGCCACAUCUCCCGCCAAGAGAGAAUGGCCAUGGCAUCCACUGGGUUGGGAAGGAAGACAGUUGUGGGGAGGAACCUCAAGUGCCCAUCACAGAGCCUGGGGAUCAGUUAUAAUACAGUACCUGAUCAGACCUCCCAUGUACAGUAGAUGUGGCUUUGAUCACCUCAAUGCCUUUGUCAAGUCUGACAACUGUCAAAAAUAUGUAAUUCUGGAAUCGCCCUCCUCUACAUUUCAUUACCUAUCAAGGCCUUUUACAUGUACAUGUACUGUAUAUUAUUGUGAAUAUUGGAGAGUGGAUGUGAGUGAUAAUGUUUCAGAUGGACAACCAGAUGGACUCUUAUUUACACAAUAUGUAAAGCCACCAAAUGUUAAUGAUGCAUGUGGAUAUCUACUUCUCUAAAUUUUGCACUCACAUGCUGGUAUAUAUAGUACAGAGACACAUUCAAAAAUAUCCCAGAUUACAAAUAUAUUGAUGACCAGUUGUACUAAAGAACUCAGUCUGAAAGAUAUAGAUUUCACCAGAAAUGUGGCUUUGAUUAAAAAUAGUUCUAACUAAAAUGGCUGUUUUCUAUUAUGAAAUAUGGAAGACCCAUGUCUUUGUAAUUUUAAGUUGAUUCAAUUUUCAUUUGUCUUUUUCAUUAAAACACUAUGAUCUUGAA